CCAAGAAAGAUGAUGAAUGAAUAAGGUGGGAUCCAACAAGAGGGUAGUGAAGAAUGAAAUAACUUAUGAAUUAUUUUUUUCCUGAGCUCAAUAGAAAAACUCAAUGAAGGAGGGCAAAGACUUAACCACUGGGUACAUUUACGAUUCUUAAUGAUUAAUAAUUUGAAGACUGAGAAAUUUGGAUAUCAUUGGUCAUAGAAAUGGAAGAAAGUGAUGAACCUGAACAGCCUAUCUCCUUAGGGAGGCAGGAAUUUAGAAGGAGAAGACGACCCAGCCAACCAAUGGUAGACAAGUCCCAGCAGACAGAUGUGACAGAAAAAAAGAAACCUGUGGCUGUAGUACAACCUCCUGCCCCUAAAGCUACCCUCAGUAUUGGUAGUAUUUCUGGAAGCAAAGGCAACCCCUCUAGUAAAGAAUAUGAGUCUCUUAGACUUUCUUCUCAACUUCAGCAAACUUGGACAAAGAGAAAGCGAGGCAUGGAAAUGACUGAUAAAUCUCUACAGACAGACGUUCCUGUGGAAGAAAAAGUCCUAUUCAUUGAUAAAACCCUUACCCUUGAAGAACCUCCAGCCAGUGUUGGAGAAACAGCUUCUGAAUUACCACAGAGUGUUCCAGAAGUAGAGAUCCCAACAAACAGACCCACAACUCACUUAAUAGACAGAUCUCAGCAGACCAGCUGUACUGGUGACUGGAAUUUGUUGAACAUUUGCUCUAUAGAUAAAGUGGACAAAGAACAGCAGACAUACUUUAGUGAGUUAGAAAUUACUAUCAUGUCUAUGCCAGACAGUUCCCUGAUUAAGUCAAAGGAGGAAACAGUACCUGUUGCCCAAGAGGGUUCCUUGUUGGAAGUAAAUGGUUGUCUUGAAAUAGAGGUACUGUCAACUGAAAAAAUCCCAGAUGCCAUAAUGCCUUUCACUGAAGGGGAGUUUUCUGGCGAGAUCCAGGCUCUACCAGCUGAUGAGCUUCCUUCUGUAGAAGCUCCUGUUGACAUCAGCCAUCUGUCAGUGCAAGGGGCUCUUUCAGGCAAGUCUGAUGAUCAACAGAAAUCCCAAGGAGCUGAAGUGGCUCCUUCAGAAGUUCCUACUGAAAUUCUGGUUGCACUCUCACAAGAAGUGCUUGCGAAAGUCCAAAAUUUAGCAACUGAGGCUCUCCUUGAAAGCUCAGGCAAGGUAGAGCUUGCUGAUGCUGAGGAGUCCACUGAUGGAGUUCAAUCUCUACCAUCUGAAGAGGCUUCUAAAGAAAUACCUGUGGAAGUUCAGCCACCAUUAGAUGAGCAAGCAAUAGAAGCAGUGCCUGCAGAAAUUGUUCUUGUACUAGAUGAGAAAUUGCCUGCAGAAGAGGUCUUUGAAGGAGGUCAGCCUCCAUCAACCGAGGAAGUCCCUGCAGAGAAGGCUCCUGCAGAAGUUACGCCUCCACCAGCUGAGGAAGCCCCUGGGGAAGAGACUUCUGCAGAAGUUCCACCUCCACCAACUGAAGACACCCUUGUAGAAGACAUCCCUGCAGAAAUUCCACCUCCACUAACUGAGGAGGCCCCUGCAGAAGAAGUUCCACCUCUACCAGCUGAGGAAGCCCCUGCAGAAGAAGUUCCACCUCUACCAACUGAAGACACCCUUGUAGAAGAAGUUCCACCCUCACCAACUGAGGAGGCCCCUGCAGAAGAAGUUCCACCCCCACCAACUGAGGAGGCCCCUGUAGAAGAAGUUCCACCUCCACUAACUGAGGAGGCCCCUGUAGAAGAAGUUCCACCUCCACCAACUGAGGAGGCCCCUGAAGAAAUUCCACCCCCACCAACUGAGGAGGCCUCUGUAGAAGAAGUUCCACCUCCACCAACUGAGGAGGCCCUUGUAGAAGAAGCUCCACCCCCACCAACUGAGGAGGCCCCUGUAGAAGAAGUUCCACCUCCACCAACUGAGGAAGCCCCUGCAGAAGAAGCUCCACCUUCACUAACUGAGGAGGCCCCUGUAGAAGAAGCUCCACCCCCACCAACUGAGGAGGCCCCUGCAGAAGAAGUUCCACCUCCACCAACUGAGGAGGCCCCUGUAGAAGAAGUUCCACCCCCACCAACUGAGGAGGCCCCUGUAGAAGUUCCACCUCCACCAACUGAGGAAGCCCCUGUAGAAGUUCCACCUCCACCAACUGAGGAGGCCCCUGCAGAAGAAGUUCCACCUCCACCAACUGAGGAGGCCCCUGCAGAAGAAGCUCAACCCCCACCACCUGAGGAGGCCCCUGUAGAAGAAGUUCCACCUCCACCAACUGAGGAGGCCCCUGCAGAAGAAGUUCCACCCCCACCAACUGAGGAGGCCCCUGCAGAAGAAGUUCCACCUCCACCAACUGAGGAGGCCCCUGUAGAAGAAGCUCCACCUCCACCAACUGAGGAGGUCCCUGCAGAAGAAGUUCCACCUCCACCAACUGAGGAGGCCCCUGCAGAAGAAGUUCCACCUCCACCAACUGAGGAGGCCCCUGUAGAAGAAGCUCCACCCCCACCAACUGAGGAGGCCUCUGUAGAAGAAGCUCCACCCCCACCAACUGAGGAGGCCUCUGUAGAAGAAGCUCCACCCCCACCAACUGAGGAGGCCUCUGUAGAAGAAGCUCCACCCCCACCAACUGAGGAGGCCCUUGUAGAAGAAGUUCCACCUCCACCAACUGAGGAGGCCCCUGUAGAAGAAGUUCCACCUCCACCAACUGAGGAGGCCCCUGUAGAAGCUCCACCCCCACCAACUGAGGAGGCCUCUGUAGAAGAAGUUCCACCUCCACCAACUGAGGAGGCCCCUGCAGAAGAAGUUCUACCUCCACCAACUGAGGAGGGUCCCACAGAAGAAGUUCCACCCCCACCAACUGAGGAGGGUCCCACAGAAGAAGUUCCACCCCCACCAACUGAGGAGGGUCCCACAGAAGAAGUUCCACCUCCACCAACUGAGGAGGGUCCCACAGAAGUUCCACUUCCACCAGCUGAUGGGGCUUCUGCAGAAAUGGCUCCUACAGAAGUUCAGCCUCCUUCCCUUGAGAGGGCUCCUCUUGAAGGUCUUCCUCUAGAAGAAGAAGUUGUGAUUCCACAAGCUGAAGAGACCCCUCUAGAAUAUUUACCUGUUGAAAUGCAGCCACUGCCAGCUGAGGAGGAUGUUGCAGAAGGGGUCCCUGCAAGAGAGGCCACUGCUGAAGUCCAGCCUUCAUCAUUUGAGGGUGCUCCAAUAGAAGAAGCCCCCGCUGAUGUUCAGCUUCCAGCAGCUGAAGUGGUUCCUGCAGAAGAGGCUUCUGAAGUUCAGCCUCUAUCGUUGGCUCCUGUAGAUGGGGACCCUGCAGAGGUUCGAAUUCCACAAACUGAAGAGACUCCUCUAGAAGGGGAUCCUGUUGAAGUUCAAUCUCUACCAGUUGAGGAGGUCUUUACCAAAGUGGUCCCCGUUGAAGAGGGCCCUGCAGCUGAAAUUGGGUUUCCUUCAUCUGAAGGGGAUACUAUAGAAGAAACUACUAAGGAAGCCCAGUUGACAUCAGUUAAGGAGAGCCUUGAAAAGGCUUCGGUUGAAGUUCAGCUCCCACCACCUGAGACCCCUGCAGAAGAGUCUCCUGUUGUUAAACAGCCUUCCAAAACUGACGCGGUUCCUAUUCAAGAGUUGCCCACGGAAGAGACACCAGCUGAAGCUCCACUUGCAUCUUCUGAACAAACCCCUGAAGAUAAGGCUCUACUAAAAGAACGUCAAUUGUCCCCAGUAGCAAAUGUCUCAGAGAAAGAAUUAGAGUCUUCUUUGACAGGUGAUAGAAACUCUGAAGGAGCAGAUCCUGUUCCUGCCGAUGUGUCUAGGAGCAAGGAGGAGCCGAUCUCCACUUUCAAAAUAGAAGGUACCAUUAAAAUAGAGUUAAAAAACCCCUCCUCCUGAGUUAUAGCCAGGUCCUAACUUAAGCUUGCAACCAUACGCUAGGAGAUUCUAGAAGUGCAGUCUUUAGAAAAUGAGAUGCUACCUGGAAGAACUUUCAUGAGCAGAUUAAAGGAAAAGGAUCCCAAGAGACUGAGCAUGCAGGUUGGACAAUGAAUAAAAGCCAUCGCAGUUCAAA